AUGGUCAAUCACAAUUCUCCAACAAAACACCAAAAAAGAGGACGCAAGCAGGACAUUCCCCCCUACAGAAUGGCCGUGAAUUUAGACAAACAUCUAAAACCAGGCAAGAACAGCUACAUAGCCUUGGGGCUAGAAGGGUCCGCCAAUAAACUCGGCGUGGGCGUGAUUCUUCACCCGCACGGACAUCUCACACCAUCGAAUAGAGCCCAAGUUCUCUCCAAUAUUCGAGAUACAUACAUUACGCCCCCAGGCGAAGGUUUCCUCCCGCGAGACACGGCAAGACACCAUCGGAACUGGGUGGUGCGGGUAAUUAAAAAGGCGCUUGCUACCGCUAAGAUCACCGGCGAUGAUCUCGAUUGCAUCUGUUUCACGCAGGGCCCCGGUAUGGGUGCACCGUUGCAGAGCGUCGUUAUCGCCGCGCGUACCUUGGCUCAAAUAUGGGAUGUACCUUUAGUUGGAGUCAACCACUGUGUGGGCCACAUUGAAAUGGGGCGAGAGAUUACUGGUGCCGUCAACCCCGUGGUGUUGUACGUCAGUGGCGGUAAUACUCAAGUUAUCGCGUAUUCCAAACAACGAUACCGUAUAUUUGGCGAGACUCUAGAUAUCGCCAUUGGCAAUUGCCUCGAUCGGUUUGCUCGCACGUUGAAAAUCCCCAAUGAGCCUGCGCCCGGCUAUAAUAUCGAGCAGAUGGCGAAACGCGGCCGCCACUUGGUGAAUUUGCCCUAUACUGUCAAGGGGAUGGAUUUGUCAAUGUCGGGGAUAUUGGCUUAUAUCGAUGGCGUCGCGAAGGAUUUAUUCAGUGGUAAGCGAGGGAAAACGGUGGUGGAUGAAGAGCUGGGCGAGCCCAUCACUGCUGAGGACUUGUGUUUUUCGUUGCAGGAGGUCUUGUUCAGCAUGUUGGUGGAGAUCACCGAGCGUGCAUUGGCUCAUGUGGAUAGCAAUCAAGUCUUGAUUGUUGGCGGGGUAGGUUCCAACGAACGGUUGCAGGAGAUGAUGAAGCUUAUGAUUCAGGAUCGCCGCAACGGACAAAUCUACGCUACCGAUGAACGAUUCUGUAUCGACAAUGGAAUCAUGAUUGCCCAUGCGGGAUUGUUGCAGUAUCGGAUGGGCCAAACUACCGAGUUGGACGAUAGUGUGUGCACUCAAAGAUUCAGAACCGAUGAAGUAUGGGUGAAUUGGAGAGACGAUUAA